GAACCAAAACAGCUAGCCAACAAUUGACGAUUUGACAGCAUUACAUGAUCGAAUUGGUUGUCAAAAGAAUAAAUCAAAUUGACUUCCCUUGUCUAUUCUUGUCGGAAAAUUACACCUGAAUCCAUAUUUUGUAAAGGAAGCAAGCUAUGGCCUCUGAUUUGAUUACACAUCAUCCGUUCAAAGGAAUCUGGGCUUUAGGUGCCAUCACAGUGAACGCCGUCAAGCUACCUAUCUGGCUUUUUUAUUAUUUAUUUUCAUCGAAUCGACAGCAUCCAAAAUGGAGUUUGAAGCAAGCCGUAGCCGCUGUCGCACUGAAAACUGCUGUUUGGCAUUCAUGUAUGAUACAGGUCUCUACGCCUUUGAUUAUAAAGCCAGAGGGUAAAGAAGAAGGAUUUCUUGUUCCAAUCAUGCCGUCUUCUAAACCAGGUGUAUAUGGAGGGAUCUGUGAUGAUAAGGAAAUAAAGCCCGCAACGAUUUGUGGCUAUUGGUAUCCCUCGCCUUACAAUGCUGAAGAGGAUAAAACCAAGAAAGUUGUACUUCAUUUCCAUGGUGGAGCUUUUGUCAUUGGUGACUGUCGGCCUUCAAAGUCUGGGUAUGCGGCCGAUCUUCUCACACAGCACAUCGGGAAGACGUUGAUGGUCUCUUAUCGACUUUCUUCAAACCCUGAUGGCCGCUUUCCCGCCGCGCUUCAAGACGCCGUUACAGCUCUCCACUAUCUCCGAGAUUUAGGGAUUGAGUACUCCAACAUUAUUGUCGGUGGAGAUUCGGCUGGAGGCAAUAUCGUUGCGGCACUGCUCAGAUAUCUUGCUAUUACAGAUGCGCCUGGUCCUGCAGCGGCACUUUUGUGGUCUCCCUGGACUGAUCUUGCAGGGAGUCUCACCCCAGAAGUGUUGUACGAAUCUCCACACAGAUUUACAGAUUAUAUUCCUGCCCAGUUUGCGAUUUGGGGAGCCAAUGCGUAUUGUCCCAAAAAUGGGCCGGUCAGCAUGGACUCUGAAUGGAUUAGUCCUGCAAAACAUAGAUUCUACACAAAGACGCCAAUUUGGAUUCAAGGCAAUGGGCAAGAGAUUUUGCUUGAACAAAUCAAGGAAUUUUCAAACGGAAUGAAGGGUGUAGAAGGCAAUAAAAUUGCUUUCCAUAGCGAGGAAAUUGCGACUCAUGAUAUCUUGCUGGUUGGAAAUGUUACUGGGUUUGAAAAGGAAGCGAUCAAUUCUGUGAAAGCAGCAGCUGAAUGGCUGAACCAACUAUGAUUAUUUAUCGUACGGAAGGAGAUUGCACUUCUCCAGUACAAAAUACAACAUGACCAAAUGUUUAUAACAUCAACGAUAUACUUGUGUUGUUAUCCUUAAGUCCUUUCAACGGUAUAAUAGGAGCAACCUCAGAAGGCUCAAAAGAGAUGGUUAUGAAGGCUACAGGGCUACACAUAAGGUUAAUGGAGAAGGACUGGGCAUUCUCAAAAGGAAUGACCUUGAAUUUUGAGAUUAGAUGAAUGAAAAGGCCAACCCUAUUUGUUCAUUCGAAGUUCAAGAGUUAUUGUCUUUUAUAUUCAUGAGUUGUGUUCCGCAAUAGUAACAUUGAUUUCCCAUGUACACCUUGUGCGUGAAUUGGAAGAAAAUUAUUCCCAUACAUAUGUUCUUUUGAGUCCCAUAAGGCUAAUAAGUAUUGUAUUUCAUGCUCAAGGAGAAAGAUUUGAAUAGAAUUUCAGAAACAGAAGCAACCCUUAGAAAUUCUCAUGCUUUUGGAUAUUGGCACCACAUUCAUAUUUGCAAGCUGUCUCGAGGCUGUACAAGAUACAGUAAGGCAUUUCGAUGGCUGUGUUUUGCAUCAAAAUAGACUGAAGGUGGGGGGUCAGCCUACCUACCAUACUAGCCAAUUAGAAGCGAGAAAUUGGGGUGAUAAUUUCCAAAUUUUUGACCCACCAG